AGCGAGGUGGGCGGGUCGCCCCGGAGCCCGAGGAAGAAGGCGGCGGCGGCGGUGGUGACUGAGCGCAGCCCUGUGACAGGAUGGCUGGGCACAGAUUGGUGUUGGUAUUAGGAGACCUGCACAUCCCACACCGGUGCAACAGUUUGCCGGCUAAAUUCAAAAAACUGCUGGUGCCAGGAAAGAUUCAGCACAUUCUCUGUACUGGAAACCUUUGCACCAAAGAGAGUUAUGACUAUCUCAAGACUCUGGCCGGUGAUGUUCAUAUUGUGAGAGGAGACUUCGAUGAGAAUCUGAAUUAUCCAGAACAGAAAGUUGUGACUGUUGGGCAGUUCAAAAUUGGUUUGAUCCAUGGGCAUCAAGUUAUUCCUUGGGGAGACAUGGCCAGCUUAGCCCUGUUGCAGAGGCAGUUUGAUGUGGACAUUCUUAUCUCGGGACACACACACAAAUUUGAAGCAUUUGAGCAUGAAAAUAAAUUUUACAUUAAUCCAGGUUCUGCCACUGGAGCAUAUAAUGCCUUGGAAACAAACAUUAUUCCUUCAUUUGUGUUGAUGGAUAUCCAGGCUUCUACAGUUGUCACUUAUGUGUAUCAGCUAAUUGGAGAUGAUGUGAAAGUAGAACGAAUUGAAUACAAAAAAUCUUAAAAGCCAGGCCUAUCUUGCUGGUUUUUUUUUUUUUCAUUCCCUGUUCAAAUCAAGUAAUUAAACAUUUAUGAGCCACAGAAUUGUAUCACUUUUAUAAUAUUUUGCAGUAAAAUAUAAUAUCUUCUGUUAA